GCGGAAGACCAUAUCGAUUAACAGAGAAAAAGCAAGAAUAAUUCGCAGCACAACACGAAACUAAGACCCAGAAGCAGCCAUCAAAAUUUAGUCCACAAGCAACAAAGACUUUCUCUCGGCCUUCCAAGUUCUUCACCGGACGGCGGGAAGAAGACGAUCCACAUGGCUUUGAAGCAAACCAACAAUCGUCUUUGAGGAUCGGACGGAGCUUGUUCACGCCAGAGCAUGGAUGCUGAGGUGCCUAAACCGAAGUCGAAUUUCGUCGAUAAUAGUAAGAGGAAGAAUUUUGAGGGUCCAAUUGGCGAUGGGGUUCGUGUGAAUAAGAAGACCUUGCAGGCUGUGUUGGAGCAGUGUCAGAGAGCUCUCGAAUCGCUUAAUGAUUCCAACGGGCUCGAUGAAAGCGAGGGGAAUGAUGGGGGUGAAGAUGAAGAUGAUCGGCUCGGUGAGGGUUCGGAGUCUGUGCGAGGUGACCGAGAAGCCGACGAGUUGUGCGAUCUUCUUAAAUCUAAAGUUGAAUGCCGCGACUUUCUUGAAAAGCUAGAGGAUGCUCAAGCAUUAGUUCCGCAAAAUACAUUAGAAGAAUGUAGUUCUUGGGAUGUGGUCAGUGAUGUGGAUCUAUGGGAAAGUGGUGAUGCUCUAGAUCAAGAUGGGUAUGUUGUUGUGAAGCAAGAGGAUAUAGUAGAUGGUAUUGCUUGCUUCAUGGCUGCAUACUUAUUGUCUUUAAAGGAAACUAAGGAAUUGUCUCCUAACCAACUACAGAAUGCCCUUUGCAAAACAUUUUCAGUGAAGAAGAGAAAAGGGAAACUCCGGAAGGCUUGGGAUGGAAGCAAGGUCAUUUAUAAUGUGGCAUCCUGGGGAGCUACUGCAGUUGGGAUAUACCAGAACCCUGUGAUUCUAAACGCUGCUUCGAAAGCCUUCUGGACUUCGUGCCAAGUAAUAUCAAAGCUUCUCUAGUAUAAUUUGUGGUUUUCCCAUUGUAAAUAUGUUGCUGCUGCUCAAAUGUAGGAUCUGAAAAAGAAAAUUGUUGGCUUUGGGUUUAUUCUUUCAUGCCUCUGAUUAAUUCCUUUAAGAAUACACUCUUGUAAAUGUUUCUUCUCUUAGGAUGUUUCGUUGGAUGAAAGUUCUUUAUUUAUGCCAUUUCUUCUAACAUGGAAGCAACCA